AUGCCAUCAUUAAAAAUGAAAGCGAAGUCAACUGUGGGUUGUUUAAAAGAAAAACAUGGUCUCCGAAUUUGUCCAAAAUCGAGUGUGAUAUCCAAGAAUUCUUUUUUCAUUUCCAAGAUUGCUCAAACCACGGAAGAACUGGGGAGUAUGAUUCAUGAUAUUCCGGACGUUUGUUCGUGUGAUGAGAGGCAAGCUUAUGACAGUGGGGCAAAUGAGGGUCUGCAUGAUGAAUCACAUGAUGAAGAGAAACUUAUGCUUCAUGAUCAUUUUACACCUUUGACUGAUUCUGUCAACAGGAUGGAGCCUACACCAGCCUUAUGUACCAGCUCAGAGACAAUUUUUUCACCUAUACUAGAGUCCAUCGAUAUUAGUACCGAGUCAUUUACUGACUUUUAUGGAGGAAAUAAUCUGUAUGUGCCACAACUGGAGACGGAAGAUAGUGAUGAUAGCAGCAAGGGUUCAUGUGAUUACCAAACCUGUAGUAUAUCAGAUUUCUUUAUAUCUGACAUGAUUUUUUCUGGGAUACCAGUUGAAGGAAGCUUAGUUUAUGAUGAUAGUUCAGGAGCCAAGUUAUUCCCAGAUUACAAAUAUGAACCGUCAAUAACCUCUUUUCAUUUGCCUGAGGAAACUGAUGUUAAACCCUGUCCCAAAACUGCUGCGGAUAUUGGUGUUGAUGAUGACACAAUAGCUGUAGAUAGUACUGUAGGCUCCUCUGAGUCGAACUUGUAUCUUGCAAUUCAUCAGUUGAGAUCCUGCAACCAGGACUCUGAUCUCAAUAUGUACUCAGAUAUGGAUCAAUCAGAGUCUUUUGAUCCACAAAUGUUUAUUAGAAAUGUGCCAGAUUUACCUGACUUGACGUCUGAUUUGCGGUCACCUGUUCUUCUGAAGGAAAAGAAGAGUACAAAAUCUGUGACUCUUGUACUUGAUUUGGAUGAAACCCUUGUUCAUUCAACCUUGGAACACUGUGAAGAUGCUGAUUUUACAUUUCCAGUCUUUUUCAACAUGAAAGAGCAUACAGUUUAUGUGAAGAAGCGGCCUUACCUGGGGACAUUCCUAGAGAGAGUGGCUGAGAUGUUUGAAAUUGUAAUAUUUACGGCUAGUCAGAGCAUAUAUGCGAAGCAGCUGUUGGAUAUAUUGGACCCAGAUGACAAGCUUAUCUCAAGACGAGCUUACCGUGAAUCCUGCAUCUUUUGUGAUGGAAGUUAUACAAAGGACUUGACAGUUUUAGGUGUUGAUUUAGCAAAAGUUGUGAUUAUAGAUAAUACUCCUCAGGUGUUCCGUUUGCAAGUAAAUAAUGGGAUUCCCAUCAGGAGUUGGUUUGAUGACCCUUCAGAUUCUGCAUUAGUUUCACUACUUCCGUUCCUUGAGACACUGGUGGAUGCUGAUGAUGUUCGGCCGAUUAUUGCUACAAGAUUCGGUAACAAGGGAUGA